AUGUCGGGCUCGAAUGCUGCCCCUCAAUUGAGCCACAGUAUUGGCGACCGCGUUCACGAUGAUCAGUUUCACCAUAGCGGCUCAAGUAGCGAGGACGAAUACAAUCGGAAGAUAGAGGUCGUGUUCGACACCGAAGGAGCGCGCCGCCGCAAGUCGUCAACCGUCCUCCUUGAAACCCCCACGCUCGAAAGGCCCAAGAGAAGCACACCUGGACGGUCAAUGUCACAAUGCCUAGUCCACAAGCUCGUCGAGAAGAGCUCUCUCGGCCAACAACCUAAAGUCGAGUCGCAACUGGAACAGAUCGAUGAGGUCGAGCCGGAGGCUAAAUCUGGCCGGGUUGACGGGGAUUCGAGCAAAGACCUGGUUCGCACCACCCAGUCUCGCCUGCUCACGAAGAAGCAGCUGAGCGAUAUGGCCAUCAGUGUACGCACCCUUGCGAAGAGACUGGGCAAUCUUAAGGUCAAGCUGAAAGUGCGGGCGAUCUUCCUGCUCACAAAGAUCUAUGACAAGACGUUAAUCGUCAAGACGAGGGAGGUGACGCGAUGGCUGUUGUCGAAGGACAGGUCUGUGCCCUACAUCGUCUACGUCGAGGAUAAUUUGAAGGAUAACCCGAUAUUCGACGCCGAAGGCCUGGUUGCUGAAGACCCCAGCAUUGGAGACCGGCUAAAAUACUGGGACACGGAGCUGGCUCGGAGACACCCUCACACUUUCGACUUUGUCGUGACUCUCGGCGGCGACGGCACGGUUCUUUACGCGAGUUGGCUGUUUCAGAGGGUGGUGCCGCCCGUUUUGUCGUUCGCACUGGGCUCGUUGGGCUUUCUCACGAAAUUCGACUUUGAAAACUAUCAGCACAUUCUCUCACAGGCGCUCAAAGACGGCAUAUCGAUCAGUCUGCGACUACGAUUCGAAGGCACGGUGAUGCGGUCCCACAAACGCGACGACGACGCCGAGCACCGGGACAUUGUGGAAGAAUUGAUCGGCGAAGAGGCUGAUGAUCGAAACACGCACAAACCAGACCGGACGUUUGAGAUCCUCAAUGAUAUCGUCGUGGACAGGGGUCCUAAUCCGACCAUGUCGACAAUCGAGCUCUUUGGUGAUGAAGAACAUCUGACAACGGUACAGGCGGAUGGGAUUUGUGUGGCCACUCCUACCGGUUCGACGGCAUACAAUCUUGCUGCUGGUGGAUCACUGUGUCACCCGGAGAAUCCGGUCAUCCUUGUAACCGCUAUAUGUGCGCAUACGCUCUCAUUUCGCCCUAUCAUUCUCCCAGACACCAUUGUGCUUCGGUUAGGAGUGCCGUAUGACGCAAGGUCGAAUUCCUGGGCAAGCUUCGAUGGGAGAGAAAGAAUCGAGCUCUUCCCGGGCGACUACGUGACCAUCUCCGCCUCGAGAUACCCCUUUGCAAAUGUCAUGCCCCCGGGUCGUCGAAGUGAGGAUUGGGUCAACAGUAUAUCCAGAACAUUACAAUGGAACUCUAGACAGCGACAGAAGGCGUUUCACGAAUGGGAGGAGAAGGCAAUACAGGAUGAUCGCCAGAUAAACAAGAAAGAAGCGGACUAA